AUGCCGGCGGCGGCUUCGACCUCCGCCAAUCUCGUCGACCCGCGCGGACGAGACUUUACAGUGGCGUAUCGUAUCAAGCCUCGGCUUGGCGAUGCUUCCGUCUCCACCAAUGACCCUGCGAUACGCGCAACGAGCACGACCUCUGCCCUUGCCCUUGCAAAGAAGGUCAACGUGAGAGGUGAGGAGCAGACACUGGAAGAAGCAUUCAAGGCCCACAGAGUGUACGAGGAGAGCUGCAAGACGCAGCAAAUCUUUCAUGAUCUCGUCGCCCCCUUGGUGCCGUUUGCGGUGCUGGGAGGCUACGCUACCGCGCUAGCCUACGGGCAGACCGGAUCCGGCAAAACCUUUACGCUCUCGCAGUGCUCCUCUUUGCUUGGUGAGGUCCUGUUUGAGGACAUUGCCGCUCGACAGACACGAGGGCGUGCGUUUUCAGUUGAGCUAAGCUCCGUCGAGCUAUGCGGAGACGACGUGCUUGACCUUCUCGACGAGGGCAAGAAGAAGGUCAAGAUCGUGCAGGAUGCGGAUGGGCGCAGCCUGUUCGAAGGGGCGAACGCACCAGCAGUGGCUGAUCAGCCUGCGCUGGAGGCCGCGCUGCACACUGCUUGGUCGAGCAGACGGACGGGGGCGACAGAGUGGAAUGAGGCGUCUAGUCGAAGCCACGCCAUUUUUAGGCUGACCAUCCGCAACGCCAGUGAUCCGAACGCGACGCCGGGUGUCGUACAGCUGGUGGAUUUGGCUGGGUCAGAGAGAGCAUCGGUAGAGGCCAAGAACCACUCUGCUUCGAGGCGAGGGGAGAGCGCAUCCAUCAACAAGAGCUUAAUGACGCUCAAAGACUGCAUCCGCAACAGGACCCUCUCGGAUGGACUGGCUUCCAUGUCCAGACCUCCACACGUUCCCUUUCGCUCCUCGCCUCUGACGCUCGCACUCAAAGAAGCGUUCGACUUGACCACCAAGCAGCCCACGCACACCGUCUUUAUCGCCACCGUCUCUGCCUUGGAGAGGGACGUGGCGGCAUCGCUCAAUACGCUCAAAUACGCUUCACAAUUGCUGAUUGCGCCGCGCGGCGCCAGUGCUACGAUUGCCCUAGGCGCGAAUAGCAGACCGACCAUCUUGCAGUGGCCCAACGACAAGAUCAUCGCAUACUUUGAAAAAAAGUGCGGCGCGGAUCUCAGUCAAGCGCACCUCAUUGCGCCGUACGAGAAUGGCGCGACGCUGGCUAGAGUGCCGGAGCAGGAGUUUGUGGAUCGCAUCAUCAAGGCUACACAGGGCAAGUGGGGUCACCUCAGAGCGCGCAAGGUGUACAUCGAGUGGUGGGGACGCGUGGUGGAUGCGCGCACGCUGCAGAGGAAAGAUGAUCAGGCAAAGUGGAAGGAGAUCGUCAAGCAGAGAAAGGCGAGGGAGCUGCAAGAUGAUCUCGAGGCUGCUGCCCAGGCUUGA